GAGUUAAGCAGUUCAGUUAUGACAGCUUUCCAUGAAAUCACAUGUCAAGAUAAGAAACCGCGAGGGUUAAAGUUCUAGGACUCACAAAAAGGCAAUUAAUUUACGCUAUUGCUUAAUCAAUGUAACUAUAGACGAAGUAAUUUAUUAUUUUUCCUUUCAAAAAAUUUUUGAAAAGAAAAGAAAUGAAUUUAAUUGUGAAUGCAAAUGAAAGAAAUUCCCAAUCCGGUUGGCUUAUUUCCUUUAAUUUGGAUUUUCUAUUCGACAGUACGAAUUUUUAAAUCGGAACCGGAAUAAUUCUGUUGUAUAAAAUGUGUUAUGCAUUCUGUUUAUUUUAAUUUGUAAACGAACGUUUAAUGAAUUUGGAUUUGGACAGAGAUUGAAUCAAUUUGUUCUCAUUGAGUGAAUUAAAGAUUGAACCAACCAUGAAGUCUGAAUGGAAAACAUUACCAGCUUUUGCUCUGUUACUCUUAUCCGGUUCAUUUACUAGGGCAAUUGUUGGAUACUAUUAUAAUUGGAACUAUCCCAAUUGGUGGAUUCUAUUAUCUGAUGUGAUAUACGAGGAUAUGAAAAGUUUGAAUGCAACAUGCAGCGGUUUGGAUUCUUGUGAAGUUCCCAGAACGAACGAAGCUUGGAAAUAUAACUGCAACUGUGACGAUUCCUGCAGUUUUCUAGGAACUUGCUGCGUCGAUUCGAAGUACAGAAAAAAAUAUGAACAAAAAUAUCUGAAAAACGUUGAAUGUAGAGUGUUGAACAAUAACCGCCAAUUUUACUACCCGUUGAUAAAUAACUGCAAUCCCAAUUUGCAAUACGACAGUACCACCGAAGAGCUGUGCAAUGGCAGAGGUGAAUAUUUAAACGAUCCUUUUCUGGAUAUACUUGUUACUGAUCCUGCAACGGGUAUAACAUACAAGAACUAUUACUGCUUUGCUUGCAAUGAAAACUCUGGCGAGGAACGGCUAAUCCCAUGGGAUGUUGCUUUAGGAGGUGAUUUAGAAAAAGUUAAUCGAUCCGAAGAACUACCGAAUUUGCAAAAUUUUGAGCAAGACUAUUGGAAUUGGGUUCUGGAUGACGAUAACGAUACCAAAGUCAGUUUGUUCCAUGCCUUGCCUGAAGUGUUAGAAGACUCUUUGCCGUAUUGCUUUGCCUUCAAUAUCGUAUCAGAAUGCGCGUUGAAUUGGACUGAUGAAAAUGUAAGAAAGAUGUGCCAGGGGUAUAUGGCUCUUACAAGAUUUCGAAGUGAGGACUUGUACAAGCACAGGUAUUACCGAAACCCACAUUGCGCCAUCUGCAAUUAUGAGAGUAUAGAGGACAUGGUUUGUGUGAUAGAGGGUGAGUAUAAAACGAGUGCUCCCGGAGGGUUAAUUCCUACUGGGGACUAUUUUGUCAGGUUAUUCUCUCUUCACGACAAAACGAGCCACCAAUGCAGUGACAGAAUGGUCUAUGAUCAUUUUGAAAAGAAAUGCAGAAGAUUAUACAGAGGUAAAAGGAGUCGACUGGAUGGGGUUCUUUCUGGAUGAGCGAGAUGGUUUUCCCGUAUUACAUUUAAGGGCACCCUUCUGUCAUUCUAUACAUUCGAUACUCGAGAGAAAGAUUUUUUUUUGUUUACGUUGUAUUAAGUAUACAAACGACAACAAGGUUCUGGAAGUAAAUAGAGAUAUCCAGAACUUGUACCGUGAUAAAUAUUUAGUAUCUGUUGCAAAAUAAUAUCUGUUAUGAAAAUAUAUAACAUGUUUCUAAGUGCAUGUUACGAAAUAUUAAGCGAAAGUUGCAAAUCCAUUCUAAUUUCAAAAACUUUUUUUUCCCUUUAAGUUUUGUGCAAACUGUAUUUUAAGAAUGUUUGAGCAGUUUUAAAUAAAAAAAAGAGCAAAUUUUUUUUGCA